AUGUCUCUGAACCCGCCCCGGAAUGCCUUGAACGCGACGAACACGUUCUUUUCCACGGACGGUGUGUACACCGAGGCCAUCCACACCGACGUGUUAGGCAGCGGCCUGAUGCAGCCCGUCGCGAACACGGACUUCUACCCCAACGGUGGCUUGUCCCAGCCAGGCUGCGAGAUCGUCGACUGGGAGUGCAGCCGUGACAGGGCCUUCCUUUUCUUCGCGGAGUCGCUUGUCUCUGGAGGCUUCACCGGGCGGCGCUGCGACGUUGAAAUCGACGCGGACGUGAUCGCUCCUGUUGUGUGCGAGUCCGAUUCCGAGGACACGCUGCCUAUGGGCGGCCUGACUGAUAAGGCGGGAUCAUUCGGAGUGUACUACGUGCCCGUAAACGAGCAAUCCCCCUACUCCCAAGGCUAA